GAACAGGCAGGUGCUGGCUAGGGCUAGUGGGGCCGGGACACAGGCAGGCGGUGGAAGGACCGACGACAGCGGCAUGGCGGGGGUGGCAUGCGAGCCGGUGGCCAGGCCGAGCCUGACGUCCAUCUCGUCGGGGGAGCUGCGCAGCCUGUGGACGUGCGACUGCGAGCUGGCCCUGCUGCCGCUGGCGCAGCUGCUGCGCCUGCAGCCCGGCGUCUUCCAGCUGCGUGGCGACCAGCUCCUGGUGCCCGGGCCCGGGGAGCCGGCCGCGCACGGGGGCUUCAACGUCUUCGGCGACGGCCUGGUGCGCCUCGACGGGCAGCUCUACCGCCUCAGCAGCUACAUCAAGAGGUAUGUGGAACUGACCAACCACUUUGAUUAUAAAGACUACAGGGAAACCAUACUGAGUAAACCGAUGCUGUUCUUUAUUAAUGUACAGACCAAAAAAGACACCACAAAAGAAAGGACGUAUGCUUUUCUGGUGAACACAAGGCACCCCAAGAUAAGAAGACAGAUAGAGCAAGGGAUGGACAUGGUCAUCUCCUCAGUGAUUGGGGAAAGUUACCGGCUUCAGUUUGAUUUUCAAGACGCAGUGAAGAAUUUUUUCCCUCCAGGAAAUGAGGUGGUUAAUGGAGAAAAUUUGAGCUUUGCGUAUGAAUUCAAAGCUGACGCAUUAUUUGAUUUCUUCUAUUGGUUUGGGCUCAGCAAUUCCACCGUAAAAGUACAUGGGAAAGUUUUGAAUUUGUCAAGUACAAGUCCUGAAAAGAAAGAAACAAUUAAGUUAUUUCUGGACAAAAUGAGUGAACCUUUCAUCCGAAGGAGCAGUUUCUCUGAUCGAAAAUUCAGCGUAACUUCCAGAGGAUCAAUAGAUGACGUUUUUAACUGCAGUCUGUCACCCAGAACAUCUCUGACAGAGCCUCUUUUGGCAGAAUUACCAUUUCCAAGUGUUCUGGAAUCUGAAGAGACACCCAACCCGUUUAUCUGAUUGGGCUGAACAUUCUAGCAGUUGCUUCUACACCCAGGCCUGUGCCAGACUGCAGGGUGGGGGGAGAGGGGCACAGGUGGG